AUGGCUCAAACUAUUGGCGGGAAAUCUGCAGCUGCUUUCACACAAACCUCCAGAACAUCAAAAUUUAGUAAAGGAACAAUUUCUUCAUUGAGUUUUAAAAUUCGAUUGUGUUGUGGGGUUUUAGAACUUGACUGCAUGCGAUUACUGUCUCUAAUUAGUUUAUUUAUUAACAUUUCAGCAUUUAUUAUUGUUGCUGGUGUAACCAUUGACAUGUUUUCGAUAACUAAUCAAUCCUAUUCGAAAGUAUUAAUUGCGAGGGGAGAUGCUUUAAAUUCAAAUGAACUAAUGAUUGAUAUUGUAAGAGUUGGAGCAUUAUCCAGAAAUAAUUCAGAGAUUGACAAGUGGUAUUCGUAUAGAGAUCAGACAAUUGAGGCAUUGAAUCGAUUUUUCAAAUAUGUUGAUCCAUCUGUCAAUACUACAAAUUUCAAUUCUGGAAGUAGAAAUGGACGAGACAUGUAUACGAUUCCAUUGAUGGAGGAAAUUAUUUCACACCUGAAAAAUCAACAAUACGAAAGUGCACUAACUUUGUAUCAGGGAUUUACUUAUCAGAAUUUAACUGCCACCUGGUUUAAACAACAAUCGGCUGUGUUUAAUUUGGUAAAAACAGAAGGAAGAGGACAAGAUGAUUUAGUUUUGAAUUCGUCUACUUCAAAUUUGGUGGUGGUUAGUGUUUGUCUUGCAAUUGUUAUUCCAAUUGUUGUUCUAAUGACUUGUUUGAAUAUUCGAAGGGAAUCAACCAUAUCCGAAACUCUUCAUAAUUCUAGAGCUAUUCAAUUAUUGGAUACAAUGAAUGAUCCAAUGUAUUCUAAAUUCUUCAAACAAGCAUGUGUUUCAGAGAAAAUGUUGGAUUCGUACAUGUUACUUUCUCAAAUUCUGGAAUUUAAUCAAAUUCAAGACGAAACUGAGCAGAGAAAUAAGGCUCAGUAUAUUUAUCAAACCUAUCUUGCAACUACAAGAAGGGUUCCAUUCAAGUUUGUAAGCAAAACACUAAUUGCCAACAUUUACAAGGAUUUACAGGAAUCAUCAUUGCCAGAAAAGGCAAUUCGAGUCAGUGUGUUUAGAGAACUUGAGGCGUGCAUUUGUGAGGAAUUAAUUCCGGUUCAUAGGAUGUUUAUGAAGACAAUUAAGGAUACUGGUAAAUAA